GACAAUGGGUAGAGAAAGUAAGAACCUUUAAAUGAAAGCUUGUUUUUGUUCGAACCAUUUGGUUCAGUAAGUUUAAGUGAAUAAUCUUAUUUUUGAAUGGUGAUGAUAACUAAAUCAUCUUUACUAAUCACAACAUCAUCAUGCCAUCAUCAUCAUCAUGUUUACCAUCUUCACCAUUUGAUUAAUCAACAAAUUACUGGGUUAAAUUAUAUUGAAAAUCAUUCCAAACAGUCAGUUAAACCUUCACCUUGUAAGGAAUGGUUGUUUGCUUUGCCUUGACAACUUAUCAUCUUAAAUUAAUUUCUAUCAUCAUUACAAUAUUUUAUCCUAGGAUAAUUAUUGAUCCUGCUCAUGCAUCAGAAGUAAACGAUCAAUAUUAUGCUUCUCGGCCAAUAUUCCCACUUCAGUCAUAUCGAGACAUCACCCUAUUCCAUUACACCAUUCCAGAUGAAAUUGUCUCUGCUCGAUGGACAAUCUGGUCGAACUCAACGUCCAACUGUGAUUCCAAAGAAGUAACACUUCUCCUUAGAUGGCAAGGUUAUCCAUUGAUACCUUCACUUCAUAAUGCAACGGCUUCAAAGGAUGUACUUAUCGACUUUUCUGAGCAAUACGAUUUACACCUUAAAACUAGUGAAAUUCGAACAACCUCUUUUACCUUAUCUCGGCCUCUGCCAGGUCAAUGGUUUGGUAUUGGAUUCAUCAAACAUUCCUCCAAUCGUAUAGUUCAACGAGGUUUACACAGUAAAUGCAAGGUUUCUUUGUCUACUCGUCUUUCCAUGGUUAAAUUAAAACUAGAUGAAGAAGUUAAAUUGAUCAGUUCAGAUUCACAAGCAACUCACAGGUUACAGGAUCGACUUCUUUUCAAAUUUUACGUUCCUCUGUUCACCAACAGUGCCAAACUAACACUGUCAGGAUGUUCAAGAAUAACAAAGUCUGGCGAUGAGAGUGAUGAUGACGAAGAAUCAAGUGGAGGAGGAAAUGGAAGCUCAAAACGACGGUCUGGAGAGGGUUGUCCCAUCAAAAUAUAUACUCGAAGCUUAGGACUUCCAUCUGAUCGGCUCUAUGACAGUUCACUUGAUUGUUCCCCUAAUUUAGGAGAUGAUUGUAUAGCAAGUGGUUUCAAUUUCACUCAAAAUGGUUGGAAUUAUGUGUUGCUUGUGAAAAAACCAAGUCGAACUGAUAAUAUUCCAGUUGAAUUUUCAGCUUCUAUUGCUACAUCACAAUGUAUUCACAAUCGUAAUAUUGAAAAGUCUAACUUUGCAUCUGCUUCUUCCUUAGUUUCUCGUUUUUCAGCACUGUUAGCGUCUCCUGAAUCCAUAGUCUCACCAUCAUCGCCAUCAUUAGAAUCUUCUAGUGCUACUUCAGUACCUCCAAUGUCGGCUUACGACGUCCUAUCUGAACUGCCAGAUCCUAUUUCUUCGUCUCCACAAUCAACUCCAUCACCACCUCAACCGAUUGAUGGAACCACAGAUGAUAAAGAAAAACGAUUAUUUUCCUUUUCAAGCAAACCAAAAAGUCAUUCUCAGGAUAACAAUCCUCUCUGGUUCACGCGACAUCUGUUAAAAUCCACUGAAACAGAUUUUUGUCCAUUUCGAGUGAAUUUAGUUCGCUACAAUCUUCACGGGUCUUUUAAUUUCCAAUAUGACCACGCUGAUGCCUUUAAACCACGAGUGGGUCAUUUUACUGUUAAACCUUUUGUCGAUAUUCCUAAUUCAAUGACAUUAUCAGUUUCGAACAAACGCAAUCCACCUUUAGUGGAUGAAGAGCUAACAGAUGAAACUAAUGAGAGAGAAAAGCGUAUUUUACCAUCAUCAGGUAGUAAAGAUAAUUUAACUGAAUUAUCCGUCCUACACUUUGAAAUAUUACCCAUCCUUGACUCGGGAGGUACAUUGACAAUUGAUGUUGGAUUAAAUCCAUUUGUGAACAUGACCAAGCAAAAUGUAUCUAUCUAUGGAUGCCUACAACAUGGUCAUUACUCAACAGCCUUUGGCUCUUGUCAAUAUUCAAUCAAAGUCAACUCUAGUCAUAACCCGUUAAUUGCAUUGAAAUUACCUUAUCCUCGAGCUGGACUUUGGUUCAUCUCAUUAAAAACUGAAUGCUAUCAUUUUGAUGGUCGGUCUUUCAAAACUGAAAUAUGUCAAUCCAAUAGUACUUCAAUCCUUAUGAGUAUUAAAUCCAAUUCAUGCUUUGAAAAUCAAUGUGGACCACAUGGUAAAUGCAAUCAAUUCAUUAGCGGCGGACUUAUAUUUUCAACUUGUAUCUGUAAUUCAGGCUGGAAAGGAAUGGACUGUAAAGAUGGAACUGACGCUUUAGACGAAAGAGAAAUUCUAAUAAACUUUUUACUAUUAACAUUGAGUAAUUUAGUUUUCGUUCCAGCUCUUAUAUUAGCAUUAUAUCGUCAUCUUUUCACUGAAGCAUUCAUUUACUUGAUUGCUAUGAGCUCAUCUAUUUUAUAUCACGCUUGUGAUUCCGAUUCUCUUCAAGCUUUUUGCUUGAUCAAGCUCAAUGUUCUUCAAUACGUCGACUUCUAUUCAGCUCUAUUGGCCUUUUGGGUAACCCUGAUAUCACUUUCCAAUUUACCAACUGAAGCCCGCUCAUUCUUUCACCUUGUCGGCUCAGUUCUAUUAGCUAUUGGAGUUCAAUAUGAUCGAACCUCUCUAUGGACAUUCGUUGUUCCUGUGUCUGCAGGUUUCGUCAUUGUGAUUCUAACUUGGUGCUUCUUUUGCUGCAUUAAACGUAACUGUUUCCCAUCGUGCCAAUUGUGGUCAUUAAGCAUGCUACCUGGACUAGUAAUGACCAGUGCCGGUUUGGCAAUCUAUUCAUUAUUCGAGACGAAAGACAAUUACGCUAUUGUUCAUAGCUUUUGGCAUGCUGUUAUGGCAUCAGCACUUGUCUUUUUAAUACCCACCAUGGAACAUAAAAGUAAAAAGCAAGCCUCCCCUCCGGAUGAGGAAGAUGAAAACUUUAGAGGGAAAGCGACAGUGCCAAACACGAAACGAGCUCAUGUCGAGUGGAGGCCAAAUACAUCAUUCAAAUUCCUCCAAGAUGAUAUCGAUAUGCUUUGAUAAAGUGUCAAUUAAAUGUAUUCAAAGGCCAAUCUGCAUAACAAUUUUCAACUUGUUGGAUUCAUCUAAACCAUCAUUAAUAUCCAAAUCAAUUCCAUUUGAGCAAUCAUUGAUAAAUUAAUGAUUCAUUAAUUGAUGUUGUCCAAGAAAAGGUUAAAUCUGUGAAAUUUGAAGAUACCUGAAAGAUGGACCCACUUUAUGAAGAAAGAGAGAAAGACAUAACGCAAUAGAGAAGACAAAAUUGAACUCAAAGUGAAAACAUUUUUCGUUUUUACAUUUUCACUGAAUAUUUGUAAAAAUCAAAAAUUAUCAACUAUUCCAAGAGUUGGAGUGUUGAAUUGCAUAUGUUGACUGAACAAUAACUGUUAAUUGUUUAAGUUUGGUUGGUAAUUUUAUUGAAUGUCUCAA